AUGACUGUCACCAAAGUCGGUGUGACUGGGGUGACUGGGAUGACCGGAUCGCAUGUGGCCGUUGAGCUGCUAAAUAGAGGCCAUCAGGUUAUCGGCAUUUCACGAAAUCCCACUAAGCUUGGCCAUCACGAACGGUACGAGCCGAGGGCAGUUGAUCUAGACGCCACGCCCAUUGAAGAAAUAGCAAAGAUUCUUGAAUCUCUGGAUGUUGUGAUAGCCGAGAAAGAUGGCAGAGGUACUGCUGAGACACGAAUGAUUACGGAAGCGGUGCAUGGAAUGUUCGACCUAAACGGCCCUAUUGUCGAGUUCCAUAGAGGCGGGCGACUGACGGCCAUGUUCUUCCACGGAAAUGCAUCUUUCAACUGGACUUUCAUGUCCACCCCGGCAUUGUAUCGGCCUGGAAAACGUACGGGGUCAUAUGAAGUCUGUUUCGAUUUCAUGCCUCUCAAACCCGCCAAAGGGAAUGAGAGCGGCAUUGCCCUUUUUGAUGGUCGGAUGCAUGGAAUAUCCCUCUCUGGCAUGGCCUUGGCAGUGGCGGAAGAGGUAGAGAGCCAGAAACAUUUGUGGAAGCACUGGUGCCCGUACGUACCGGAAUUGGAUGAUACACCUGGCCCGGUUUAUGUUAAGAUUGGACAUCAGUUUGUUGGAGCUGGGUUUGGGGAAGUUGCAUCAUAUCAGCGUUGGCGAUGGAAAACACAUAAACACAUUGGAAGUGGAAAAGUUCCGAUAAUUGAGAAAACUGCCUGUGGACUUGAUAAAAUAUUUACAACUGAUACCAUGAGACUAGGCGGAGAACGAGAGCAUCGCCAUGAGGAAACAGCCGGCAUCGUCAUGGUUUUGAGGCCCUAA